CUGGGUUUUCUUUUUCGAUAGGUGUCCUAGCUUUUCAGGAUAAACCUUGACCAAUCCGCUAUCGGAGGUUAGAAUAACAGCGGACAAUUGGAUUGGAUUGGAUUUGCUUCUUCGAUGGCGCAUACCCACUGCGGGAGAUUGGCCAAGGUUUGGGUGGUGUUAGGAAGAUGUUGACAGUACAAAAAACUGGUAAAGGUGCAGCGGACAAUGGAGCCAAACUGUCAUCGCUGUCGUCGUCGUCUUUGUCGUCGUCAUCAUCACCAGCAUCAUGAUACAGUUUCUGCACGCGCUUUCGAACGAACGUCGCAUGCUGUAGUGACUUGGCUUUCAGCCUCUACGUCUGGUCAGGCGAGGGCUUCAUUUCCGUUCUCGUUGGUGUAGUAUCUUUCUCUAUGGUAGUAUCACCAAUGCCGCUGCUGUCUGCGCCACCUGGUGACUCGGAGCGGCUUCUUCUGAACGUGGGCGGACAGUACUUCGCCACCACCAGGGAAGCUCUGUUCCGCGGCGAGUCUCGUCAAAUGUUCGGCUGCCUGUACAGCCAAGACGUGGACGGCGGACUGUGCCUGAAGGAGAAAGACCGCUACGGAGCGUACAUGCUGGACCGGUGCCCGACGUACGCCGCGCCGAUACUGGACUACCUCCAGCACGGCAGGCUGCUGCUGGACGAAAAGGUUUCACCUCUCGGCGUAAUCGAAGAGGCGAAGUUCUUUGGAGUCGAUUCACUGAUUCCGGAUAUCGAGCGUAUGAUGAAGGCAGGCCCCGGUCCUAUGACUCGGCAGGACGUUCUGCGGGCCCUCUGCAAAGUGUCAAUCAUGCGAAUAAGCUUCCAGGACAAAGACUUAUCGGGGGCCGACCUGUCGUUGCUGGAAUUGCAGCACGUCGACUUCAGGGGGGCCAACCUGACCAUGUGCAACUUCGAAGGUUCCAAUCUCUCCCACUCCGACUUCGAGGGGGCUCAGCUCUUCGGAGCUAAGAUGAUCAAGGCAAACCUGGAAGGUGCGGACUUGCGUUGUUGCAAGAUGGGGGACCCGAACGGCCCGGCUACGAAGAACGCCGACCUCCAAUGGGCCAACUUGACGGACGCCAAUAUGGACGGAAGCGUGUUGUACGGCGUCAACUUCCGCCACGCGACGCUGACGAACGCCAGCCUCCAGGACUGCGACCUCCGCCGAGCUGCGCUGGGCUACGCUGACGUCAUGGGCUGCAAGCUAAGCGGAAGUGACAUGAGCGGCGUCGAUCUCCGACGGUGACGUCAGCGAAGCACUUGGUUGCGCAACGCAGUGGAGCGCAACGUCAUGUCGUGGCGCAGGUCUUCUGCAUCAAAACAAAACAGCAAGGGGGAGCCUGUGACACAACUGAAGCACGCUGCACCGUUGGUGGAAGACGAGGACUUUGAGAAAGUGGGAACCGUUGGGCGUCAACCCAUCGUCAGUUAAAAUAUCAGAACGACACUGGAACUGUGCGUAAUUGCAUGCAUCAUUCGGACUUAUUUUUUCACCACCAUCAACGCCGCUGUUGUGUUUAGCAGACGGCGCUUGUGUGUAGCAGAUGACGUAUGCCUGGACCGUGCGCCUACGUAACAGAUAGAAAAAUAAUAGUCACAUCAGACAAUGUAACGCAACAGGAAUAACCCUGUUUUCUUUCAGGAACAAAGUGCUUUUAUUUGUUA